GUAUUAAUUUAAACAAAAAUAAAAUGGAGGAAGAAAUUGACGAAGUUGAACAACAAUUAAAUAAAAAUACGAAUAAGACUUGCACAAAAACAACUCGAAAAAGUAAAGAAAAUAAUUCAGAAAAAAUAAAAGAAUCGAAGGAAUUGUCACCAAAAAUUGAAAAAAGGAAGAGUUUAGACAACCCAAAAAAUUCUACUUUUAAUUCUUCCUUUGUACAACAACAAUCACCACCUCAAUUAUUACCUGCUCCCCAACCUAAUUAUUGUUUUUAUGGGGGAUAUCCACAAAAUUCUUUGCCGUAUUUUGGGGGAAAUAAUUAUUCUCAAUUUCCUCCUGGUUAUUUUUGGCCACCUACGGGAAAUCCUAAUUUAUGGCAAAAUGGAGGAUUGAAUCCUUCGGGAAAUGACGAAGAUGAAGAAACUGGAGAAAAUACAACAAAAAAGCAAAAGCUGCAGCAUCAGCCAACUUUACCGUUUCACCCAUCUACAUCAACUUUUCCUCCUCAAUUUUCUCCUUUUCAACAUCUUUAUUCUGUUAACAGCAAUGGAAGUAUUAUGGGUGGUUUCUAUCCUCCUCCAACCGCAGCACCAACUCCAACACCAACAGCAAUACCUUUGUUUAAUCCUUCUAGUGGAUAUUUUUAUCCACCUCCUUAUUAUUUUCAGAAUAAUGCUGCUGUGUUUUUUAAUCAGAAUAAUUUGAAAGUAAAGGAGGAAGUGGAGGAAGAAGAAGAAAAUGAUGAGGAGGAAGUGGAAGUAGAUAAAGGAAAAGAAGAGAAGGAAGGAGAAAGUAAAGAAGUGAACGAAGAAGUCAAAAUAGAAGAGAAUUUAACUAAAAAAGAACAAAAGGAUAAUGAAGGAAAAAUUAAGAUGAUUGGGGGAAGGAAACGUGAAAUUGAUGAAAACUCUUUUACAAAAUUUCUGGAAGAAUUAAAAGUUCCAAAAAAUAAACACGAUGAAAACAAUAGCCCCUUCGUUUUGCCUGAUCACAUUAAGAGUAAUAAGGACAAAGAUGAAGUAGUUGAGGAUGAUUCGGAAAGAUUUGUCUGUCUAAUUUGUGGAGAUGUUGCUGGUAGACAUUAUGGUGUUAUUUCUUGUGAGGGGUGCAAAUGCCCUUUCUGCCGUUUUAAUGCAUGCAUUCGCAUAGGUAUGGAUCGUGUUGCUUUGCUUAAACGUGUCAAAAAAAUGUACAAAUUGGAUAACUCACUGAUUACUCAAGAUAAGGGAUUCAAAGGCCUUACAAAGGAGAAAGUAUCACUUGAAUUGGUCAAUAAAAUUUGUCUUUCAUUUAAAAAUAAUUGCUUACAUCGUCGAAACAAUACAAUAAACGGCUUGGAAGAAUUUAAAAAUUAUUUAUUUUUAUUUUUUACACAAAGCAUUGAAAUUAUUACAAAUGAUACUGAAAAUAAAGAAACAACAAAAAAUAAAGAAAUUGAAAAAUCAGAAGAGAAAACGAGGUUUUUAAUUGAAACAAACUUGGAUGCAUUUUUGGUUAUUCGACAUGUUUUUAUUGACGAUUUACCUUUAUUGAAACAAUUUUGUAGCAAUCCAGAAAAUGAAAAUGAUGAGAAAACUGAAGUAAAAGAAACUGAAGAUAAUUUACUUGCAAAAUUAAUGACGAAGGUCGACAAGUUUCGCAAAGGAUUGAGUCCGGAUGUGCUUCAACCGGAGGAACAUGCACUUGUUUCGGCUUUAGGAUUUUGUUUUCUUCUUGACUCUUGUGACGGCAGAAUUUUACGUUCAAAAGAAAAGAAAUCUUCUUCAACUUCAAAAUCAGAACGAACAUAUUAUGACCAGCUUCGAGAUUGUUUGUAUACACAAAUGUCAAUUCGAGACCCGAGCAGAUUUAAUCAUAAGGCUUAUAAUGCAUUGUGCCGUAAUUUAAAUAAUUUAUUUGAAACCACUGACUAA